AUGCUCGCAUAUAGAGUCGCAGCUGAUGCUUGUGAUGAGUACGUCAAGAUAGGAGAAUCCACUACUAUCGAGUGUACUCGCAAGUUUUGCGAAGGGGUAAUAGCAUUGUUUCAAGAUGAAUACUUACGACAACCAAAUGUGGAAGACUUGCAGAGGUUGCUCCAAGUUGGACAGGAACGUGGAUUCCCAGGGAUGAUUGGAAGUAUUGAUUGCAUGCACUGGCAGUGGAAAAAUUGUCCUAAGGCUUGGCAAGGGCAGUUUACUAGUGGACACAAGGGGACGGCAACAGUUAUCCUCGAGGCAGUUGCGUCAUAUGAUUUGUGGAUGUGGCAUGUUUUUUUAGGGCUUCCUGGUAGUUUGAAUGACAUAAAUGUACUAGAUAGGUCACCGGUUUUUGAUGACAUUGAGUCAGGUGAAGCUCCACGGGUAAACUUCACCGUGAAUGGGCGGGAGUACAAUCUUGCAUACUAUCUUGCCGACGGAAUCUACCCUAAGUGGUCUGUCUUCGUGCAGUCAAUUCAAAUGCCCCAAGGCAACAAACAUCAAUUUUUUGCCAAACAACAGGAAUGA